UAAAAGUUUGGGACGUUCUGCUUGCGCUAAUAUCUGCACCACCGCACCAGCACAAUUUCGGUUUCACCAAAAUAGAUACCUACUAAUAAUAGCAAACACGUUGCCCACGAUGAGAAUAGAUGAGGUAACGGCUUCGUGACAGAGAGGGGGAGCUCAGAGCAACCACCUGUUUGAGGAUGACGAUUCGUUCGCGCUUUGGGUGUUUGGGUGUGAAAAUCUCCGCGUAGUCAAUAACAAUGCAUAAAUAGCGGGUAUGAGGGGUAAGAAUAAAAUAAGAAGGAGCACAUCGUUUGCUCUUUGUAUGUUUGAAAUAUAUCAUUCAUAUUUCACCAAAAAGUAACACGCUGACACGCGACCACCAUAAAACAUUGUUUCGCACAAUGCUGUUUGCGAUUACUGGCCUUGCAAGAGGACUUACAUUCGAAUUCUCGAUCCUUUGUGCAUUUUCGAAUUCCAGCAUAAAGAUUUCAUGACAAAUCGAUUAUCAAGUGUUUGUUUCCAUGACUCUGUAUCACCGAAGGUGUAUCGUUCCAACAGCUUCGGUGUGGUGUUGAGAUGGAAAGUCAAUAAAGGAAAACUUAAACCAAUUCUUUUUUUCUCGCUCGAACAUUCCAUUGCACUGUCCUCCAGUUGGAGAUAGCUUUUUCGUGAGCGUUUUCGUAACACAUUUCUCAUUGAGCUCGGAAUCUAUUCCAAGCUGUAAAACUGUGUCAGCAGUUGAAAAGGGCAUAAUUGAAGUUCUGAACUGAAGUAAUUAUCAAGAAAGUGAACAAAUAUGAGCAAAACAGCGACGGGAAUUCUCGGAGGUGACGAUGAGUUGCUGCAAAGUUUUGUACGAGUGGGUCUUCACUCGGAAGGGGAAGAUGGCCAUCAACAUCAGGCGUCCAUCUCCGGAGGUGCUAUCAGCAAUGUCAGCAACCCUGGACCAACUACAAUUUCUGUCCCGCAUCAACUGACCCAACCAAAGAGCGAAUUCCAUUUAGUACGACAGUUUUCUGACCAUUUUUCGGAAGUUAGUGAUAACAAAAAUGCCCCCCGAAAGUACAGGGAUUUGUUCAAUGAACCAAUCGAUAUGAAAAAACGUCGAUAUAUUGACGAAGUGUAUACCGAUAAAGACCGUGCAGCCGCCGUAAGCAUUGGCAAUUUCGAUAUCAAGCAAAAUCUGCUCAACAAACGUCGACAGGAACGACACGAAGCGCUCCAAAUACCCGAGGAAGCCGAUCCUGGAGCAAUUCUGGCGCUUGGAAUGCGGGAAAUCAAAAAUCGAAAUCUAGACAACGCCGUUCACUUCAUAUCAAAGGCCCUGGAUAUGAACAGCAAUGACCAGAGUGCGCUGGUUGCCCGAAGCAAAUGCUUUCUCCAGCUUGGCGAGCCAGCUAAAGCAUUACAGGAUGCUGAAAGCGCACUAUUGCUCGAUAAGAACAACAUAAGGGCAAUUUACCAGAAGGCCGAAGCUCUAUACUACUUGGGACAGUUCGAACACAGCCUGAUGUUUUUCCAUCGUGGACUAAGACUGCGACCGGAAUUGGCCAGCUUUCGACUGGGAGUACAAAAAACCCAGGAGGCGAUCGAGAACACUAUCGGAAGUAACACCAAGAAUCAGCCACAGAAAAAACCUCCAAAGGCAGACAAGCCCAAAACGGCUAAAAAGUCUCAUCAUCUUACGAAGGAGGAAUUGGAUAGACGAGCUGCCAGGCGCCUGCUGGGAGACCUCUACGUCGACAAGGAAUACUUGGAGAACUUGCUCAAACAUCCCGAUCUCAGGAAGGCUGAUACAAACACCGAAGGUGUUUCUGAUCUGGCGAAAGAUGCUAUAAACUUUCUGAACAAUAGACAGGAAUUUUGGCGUCAACAGAAGCCCUGUACGAGCUUGAAUUCCAACAAAAUAGACGGAAACAAUGGUGCACUACCGAAAUGGUGAAUAUAAUUAAACUUUCCAGAACGUGGUUAGCCGUAUUUUCUACGAAUUUAAGAUUGGUGCCGAAAUUAAACUGUUGGGUUUCUAGUUAUGCAUAGUUGUUCGUUAAAAUGCGGUUGGAUAUCUUCUAUAAUAAAAUACAACCAUACUCAGUAGUUGUUGCGCUGAACGGAAUUGAGUUUCUUUUUAUGUACAAUUCGAAUGUAUAUGGAC